UUUACGGUCACACUAGACAAUUUUUGUUUGUCAUCUCAUCACAAAAAUUAUUUCAGCAUUGUAUUUCCUUGCUGCGACAUUUUUUAAAAGAUAAUUAAAAUGGCAUUAGCUGAGAUUUGCAAAAUUUCCAACGCUUCGUACAUGAAGCCUUCUGCAUGGACAUCGUCCGAAGUUGAAGAAGAUCUAAAUGCAUUCACAAGCAACCUCGCAAAUCCUUACACUCUAGCUGCUCCUCCAUUCGAAAACCCUCUUGAGAAUCUAAACAAAAUCCAAGCGAAUGGAGAAAAAACCGGCAUAAAAAUUAACUUUGAUCACGGAACCACAACGUUGGGCUUUAAGUACCAAGGUGGUGUCAUAUUAGCUGUCGAUUCACGUGCCACUGGUGGUCAAUACAUUGGAUCCCAAACAAUGAAAAAAAUUGUGGAAAUUAAUCAGUUCUUGCUGGGCACAUUGGCUGGCGGUGCCGCUGACUGUGUCUACUGGGAUCGUGUGUUGGCCAAAGAAUGCCGCCUCCACGAGCUGCGCAACAAAGAGCGUAUUUCGGUCGCUGCUGCCAGCAAGAUCAUGGCUAACAUUGCCCACGAAUACAAAGGUAUGGGACUGAGUAUGGGUAUGAUGUUGGCCGGCUAUGACAAGCGCGGCCCAGGAUUGUACUAUGUGGAUUCCGAAGGAUCACGCACUCCAGGCAACGUAUUCUCGGUUGGCAGUGGUUCUAUUUAUGCCUUUGGUGUUCUUGACUCUGGCUACCAUUGGGACUUGAAGGACACUGAAGCCCAGGAGUUAGGUCGCCGUGCUAUUUACCAUGCCACCUACCGCGAUGCUUACUCCGGAGGCAUUGUGCGAGUUUAUCACAUGACGCCAAAUGGUUGGAUCAAAAUAUCCGAGACAGAUUGCAUGGAAUUGCAUUACAAAUAUAAAGAGGAGAAGGAGGCCAAGUAAAAAUUGCUAUUUUUGUAUCCUAUACACAAUAAAAUAAAAUAUGUUUGGAUUGGAAAUCUUAUAAUACA